GUUGGUGCUGGCUUGAGUUCGGUGUCGGUCGGUUUCUGGGGCGUCUCCACUCUCAGUGGCUCUUCUCGGUGCAGUUUGUUGCAGCAGUGGCUACAAUGGGGAGAGUACGGUGCUAGGGCAGUGGUGGGAGGAGCAGGCAGCUAGGGACCAGACCAGACAGACAGCUGGCGCAGAUUGGAACACGUAUUGAACAGCGUCGCGACACUUAGUGGCGAGGGCAACAGGGUGGAGCAGCGGCCGAUGUCGUCGUCCCUGUGCCAUGUCGUCUUGCCUGGGCCGCGCCGGUCUGCCCUCCCGCCGCAGCUGGCAGACUACCGGCCCAUCACUGCUCGGGACGUGGCAGUAACCUGUGUACCACCUCCGUACUAAGUAACACGAAUAUUGCUGAUUGUAUGGUAGCCGCCUUCUCCAUGCACUAAGCCUGGAAAUGGCUCAGCUCUGUCUCCAGGUAGGAGAAUGGGCGAGACAAAACCAGGAAUUAAAUCCAUGAGAAAGUCUGUGGCGGCCCAGCAACAACAUCAACAUUAUCACAAGAGAGAGGUAGCUCAAGCACAAGUCCAUCCGGUUCCCGGAGCGGAAGUUCUGGAACUGCAGGAGUAUGUUGCCGUGGGCGACAGUGGCGAUCUUGAGGCAACUGCACCAAGGUCCCCCCAGCUCAAGCUGACCGCCAGAACUCGGGAGGCCCACCCGACAACCCGGCGGAGGAAGGUUAGUGAUGAAACGAAGGAAGAAAUUCAGGAGGAAGACGAAGCCACUCUCAGGGAGUUGCUUGUGAGUCUGCAGAAGCAGGUGAGCGUCAUGAGCAUGAACCUGAGCGCGAAGCUGGACGAACUGCAGCGCGGGGACCGGCAGCUGGAGACAACGGUAGCACUCUGCGAGAUCCGGACGCAGCUGCAGGAGUUGACCAAGUCGGUGGAGUCGUGCCAGAGCGAGGUUAGCGAGGUGAAACGAGACAUGGUGGCCAUCAAGCAUGAGCUCGACACAGUGCAGCAGGUGAAGGAGGAGAUCGAGGAGUUACGCGAGUACGUGGACCGGCUCGGAGAGCAGAGCCAUCGUCGCAAGUUGCGCCUCCUCGAGCAGGGACUGACGUUCUUCCUGUCAUAUGCAAUUCUUGCCGCAGUGUUGGGCAUGCUGCAGUUUGGCUACAACACAGGAGUCAUCAAUGCCCCAGAAGUGAACAUAGAGAAUUUCAUGAAAGAUGUGUACAAGAGUCGCUAUGGAGAGGACAUUCAGGAUGACUCUGUGAAGCUGCUGUAUUCUCUGGCUGUCUCCAUAUUUGCCAUUGGAGGCAUGCUGGGUGGCUUCUGCGGAGGCAUGAUAGCCAACAGAUUUGGAAGAAAAGGUGGAUUACUUCUAAACAAUUUACUGGGGAUAGUUGGAGCUGUGCUGAUGGGGUGCACCAAGUUAUCCCAGUUGUAUGAAUUUCUCUUCCUGGGCCGCUUCAUCAUUGGGGUGAACUGUGGUCUAAACACAUCCCUCGUGCCCAUGUACAUCUCGGAGAUUGCUCCUCUCAAUCUACGGGGCGGACUUGGUACAGUGAAUCAGCUAGCAGUGACCGUGGGACUGCUGUUAUCCCAGGUGUUGGGAAUUGAACAGAUCCUGGGGACAGACGAGGGCUGGCCUGUCCUGCUAGGUCUUGCAGUGUGUCCCCCCAUCCUACAGCUUGUGCUGUUGCCUUGGUGCCCGGAGUCCCCACGCUAUUUGCUCAUAACCAGACAGUGGGAAGAGGAGGCCAGGAGAGCAUUGCGGAGACUUCGCGCAUCGAACCAAGUGGAGGAGGACAUUGAAGAGAUGCGGGCAGAGGAGCGGGCACAACAAGCGGAAGCCACCAUAUCCAUGAUGGAGCUUAUCUGCUCACCUACACUGCGAUCGCCUCUCAUCAUUGGAGUGGUGAUGCAGCUCUCACAGCAACUCUCGGGGAUCAAUGCUGUGUUCUACUACUCCACACUACUCUUCAUUAGCUCCGGGCUCACAGAAGAGAGUGCUAAGUUUGCAACCAUUGGCAUCGGAGCCAUCAUGGUGGGAAUGACACUGGUGUCCAUCCCGCUCAUGGAUCGUACAGGGCGGCGGACACUUCACCUCUACGGCCUUGGGGGCAUGUUUAUCUUCUCCAUUUUUAUCACCAUCUCAUUUCUCAUAAAGGAGUUUUUUGGUUACGUCCAGGAAAUGAUUGACUGGAUGUCGUACUUGUCAGUCGUGUCAGUGCUGAGCUUCGUCGUUUUCUUCGCUGUGGGUCCAGGCUCGAUCCCAUGGAUGAUCACUGCCGAGCUGUUUUCCCAGGGUCCACGUCCUGCUGCCAUGUCCAUCGCUGUGCUCAUCAACUGGAUGGCCAACUUUCUUGUUGGCAUUGGCUUCCCAACGAUGAAGAAUUCACUGGAGAACUACACAUUCCUUCCAUUCAGUGCAUUUCUUGCUGUCUUCUGGAUCUUCACAUACAAGAAGGUUCCCGAGACGAAAAACAAGACAUUUGAGGAAAUACUUGCAUUGUUCAGGCAUGGGAAUGGCAGGGGCAGUCUGCGCGACAGUAGGUUGUAUGGGAGCAUGCUAAACUGUGUGAAUGCGUUAGAGCAGCGCAUGCCCCCGGCAGAGCGUGCAGCGCUAAUGGUGGCCGAGGAAAAGCCACACCCCGACUCAUUGCCGAGCCCGUUUGAAAGAAGGACGUUUAUGAGUAAAUACAAUCCCAGGCGCCACUCUGCAUAUGCCACGGUACCAGCUGCCUCCGAGCGCUCUUCACGAGAGCUCGUACCAGCGGUCAGGCCCCCACCCCCGCUCCCUCCGCCACGCUUUCCGAACAGCGCUGUUUGACAAUGGGAAACUCUUAACAUCGGUAAUUUCUCCGUGUCAUCCCCACUCCCCCUGCUGCUAGCAGUGCCGGGAGUAGAGGGUCAGCUUUACAACCUCAUCUUGGACUGCGGCAAGGCUUGCGUACUCUACCUACGGCACAGCCUGCGCCGGCCCUGUCACUGAGAAGAGACAGAUCAGACAAAUGAAGUGAAAUUGAUCAACGAUCCCAGGCCUGGGCCUUUUCCCCAUGUGUAUGUUCUCAAGUGUUGUAGACAAUCCCUACUUUACAAAAUUAUCUUCCAUUGCACCAUGCGCUGUAGUGUGACAUUUCAACUAUCAAUUCUAUAAGAAUGUUUUUUAUUAAUCUGUAAGCAGCCUAAUAGAAUGGACGAGAAGUGGUAUGGUGUUUUGUGUGGAGGUGGAGCGAGAGAGCAUAGUGAACGCAAACCUCCACCUCUUUGAGAGAAACAGAAACUUUACAAAUCUGUGAAUUGCUCAGCGUGUAGGCAGCAGCUCUCUCCGUGUCUUGAGUGUGCACCAAUCAAAAUGUCCCAUCCCUAGUCAUAGCAUUAGUUUGUGCAUUGUGUGAGUGUAUGUGUGCAUUUGAGUGAGAACGGUUACUUAGUGGCACUAAUAUCAGUCCCAGACAUCGUUUUUAAUGCGUAUUGUUGUGUAUAUAAACAUCGCGACUUAUUCUAAUCACGUACACUGCCAGGACAACACAUUGGAAUGUACAUAACCCACACUCAAAGGACGGAAAAAGUGACGUCAGGUGCUCAAUUUUGAAUAGUUGUCACCUAGCAGCAAGAUGUAUUAGUGUAGCAUAGUCAGAGUAGUGUGUAAUGGUUUCAUCUCCUCUACAUUGAGUCCGUUUCUUGUCUUGUCAGUAAGGCUGGCACGCCCGUCUGUUGCGUCAGAGCACGCUGGAGAUUCCCUAGGGAACCUGGGGCCAGUGGCUAACGAUGGAUGGGCUCA